AUGAAUUGUAUAAUAAUUAUCAUUAUAUCAUUAACAUUAAUUAAUAAUUUUUCAUAUUUAAAUUCAAAAAUUCUUCUUGGUCGUCUUGAAACAAACAAAAAUUGGGAAUUUUUAGCAAGAUUUUGUUUUUUAACUGAACGUGGAUCAUUUCAUUAUGAUUUUAUGAUAAAUCGUACAUCAAAAAAUAAUGGUAAUGUCAACUUGUUGCUGUAUUAUGAUGCACCAAGUCAAUGGCCAAGUGUAUAUCCAUCAAAUCGUACAUGUGAAGAUAAACAAUCAAUAUUAAAAAUUGAACAAGGACAAAUUGUUCCAUUAUCAGCUGAUGAUUAUGCUUCAUCAAGUGUAUCAGGCUGUAGAAAAAUUGGUAAUACAUUAAAUGACAAUGAUUUAAUUCAAUGUACAAGUUAUAGAAUGUUUAAAUCAGCAAGACCACGUUGGUGGUUUAUUGCUUUAGCUGAUUGUUCAUCUGAUACUGGAUUAAAUGUAACAUAUAAUAUUUCAAUGACAAAUGGUCCACCUGGUAGUUUUUGGAAAGAACAUUAUUCAGCUGAUGAAUUCUAUACUUUGCCAUUAUUUAUAAUUGCUGGUAUUGCAUACAGUGUGUUGGUAAUUACUAGUAUUUACAUGGCAAAUGAACUACGUCUUCGUCGUCUUCUUCACUCGACAUUUCGUCUUUACAUGAUAUCAAUGGUAUGUCAAUUUAUUGGCAUUUGUUGUGGUAUUUAUUCAAUGACAUAUCGUGGUCUAACUGGUUUUGAUGUUAAAAAAAUAAUUUUACUGGGAUUUGUUUUUCGAGCAUGGUCAGAAACAUCAUAUACUUUGUUAAUGCUACAACUUGCUGAGGGUUAUACAAUUACAAAAAGCCAUUUACCAAUAUCACAAUUAUGGUUUAAUACAUGGUUUAUAUUUGGCAUGGUUUUUUUACAACUUGGUUUAUUAACUUAUCAAAAUGAAGUAUUUGAUCCUGGGCUGGUACUUUAUAUUUAUGAAUCAGGACCAGGUUUUUGUCUUAUGGCACUUAAAGUUAUUGCCUGGGUUUUAUUUACAUAUUAUUGCUUUAAAACAUGCCAAGAAAUUAAAACAAAAUAUGAAUUUUAUGCAUCGUUAUUAAGUCUUGGAUCAAUAUGGUUUUUAUUUCAUCCACUCACUGUUUUAAUAAUUACCAUUGUCAUUGAUAAAUGGAUACGUGAAUCAGUUGUACAAGCAGCAUCAUUAUGGAUAAUAUUUAUUGGACAUGCAUUUUUUCUUUGGCUAAUACGUCCAUCAUCUUCCAAUAUUCGUUUUCCAUUUCACAUACGUACAACUCAAGUUGUUCCAACUUUUUCUACAGAACCACACAAUAAUAAUUAUGAACCAAGUAGAAGAAGAGCUUCAAUAUUUACUGUACAAUUUGAAAACACAACACACACAUAAAUCAUUAUAUUUAUAACAAAAAAAAAUACAAUUAGUUAAUUUUUAUUUUUAUUUUUUUUUUAAUAGAAAUCUUAUUUACAAUAAUGUGAUUUAUUUUGGCUGUGAGGUAAUGUUUCUCAUGAUAAAUUGUAAAUAAGAAAAAAAUAUAUAUUAAACAUUAAAUUAAUUAUAUUUUAAAUUAUUCAAAAAAAAAAAAAAAAAAAAAGAUGUUGAAUUUUUUAAAUUAAAUCAAUUUUGACUUGACAAUAAAGUUUUAUUAUAAGGCACUAA